AUGGGCUCAAUCUCACCCGCGACCAAACGCACCAUUACGGCCUCGGACAUUGAGAGUCUCAAGACUCUUCUGAAAGAUACUUCGGCCACAAUCCUCACGCCCACGGACGACGGUUACGAAAGCAGCAUCCACCGCUGGUCCCGCGCCGCAGAGAAACCGGCAGGAGUGGUCUUGGCCCCGACGGCGGCAGAGCAAGUCAGCGUUGCGAUCAAGUACGCGAGUGAGUCGGGCAUCGAUGUCGCUGUCAAGGGCGGCGGACACAGCACGGCGGGCGUGAGCAGUACCGACGGCGGGCUGCUGGUCGACCUCAACGCCAAGAUGCGCGGGGUCAGUGUGGUGGACUGGGAGGGGGGAGUCAAGGCCUUCAGAGCCCAGGGUGGAGCGACGUGGGGAGAUGUCGACAAGGAGGGAGUCAAGUUUGGUCUGGCCACGGUUGGAGGCACGGUUGCAGAUACUGGGGUAGGAGGCCUCGUCCUGGGCGGCGGCUACGGAUGGCUCUCGGGACAACACGGCCUCUCGAUCGAUUGUCUGCUCGAGUGCACCGUCGUCCUUGUAAAUGGUGACAUUGUCAAGGCGAACUCCAAGGAAAAUGCAGAUCUGUUCUGGGCCCUGCGCGGCGCUGGUCAGAACUUUGGUGCCGUCACCGAGUUCGUGCUGCGAGCGUUUGAGCAGGCUGAGAUCUGGGCAGGGCUCCUCAUCUUCCCGCCCGUGCCUGAAAUCAUCACCAAGAUCGUUGACGCCACGAAUAAUCUCUACACGCCGGACGCAAACGGCAAGACAAAAGUUGCCGGUAGGGGCGCCGGAGGUAUUGCCAUCGCCAGACCUCCGCCCGCGGGCGGACAGGUCAUGAUCCUGGUCCCCAUCAUAUACUUUGGCACCGAGCAGGAGGCCAAGAGCGUGUACAAGGAGCUCUAUGACCUGGGGGCACCAGUCGAUACGACGGCCCUCGUCCCAUACCCGACGGCCAACACCAUGUUGGCCCCACCGAUCGGGUUGCGCGUGAGCAUGAAGGGCACGGCAUUCAGUCUGCCAAUCCGCACCGACUUUGUGCUGGAGAUGCUGCAGAACUAUGUCGCAUUCACCGACGCGGAUCCUGACACGCACGUGAGUGUCAUUAUGUGGGAGUUGUUUGAUCCGGCGAAGGUGGUCCAGGAGCAGAACGUGGGCAGCUUUGCCAAUAGAGGGUGGCAUUUGAAUGGAUUGAUUAUGCCCAUGUGGAACAACCAGGACAACGACGCCAAGUGUAGACAGUGGGCUAGGGAUCUCAAUGAGAAGUGGAAGGCUGAGCUGGAGAGACAAGGGCAAGAGACGGGCAAAGGUGUCGAAGGUGGCGUGGGACUCAGAGGUGAUAAAGGAGCAGUUUUGCUCUAUGGCAAUUAUGAUCAAUAUGACGAGCGAUCCAGAGAUAUCUUUGGAGAGAACUAUGCAAGGCUGCAAGGGUUGAAGGCAAAAUAUGAUCCUGGAAGCACGUUCAAUAAACUCUUCGCCAUCGCACCUCAGUCUUGA